CCAAGCAAGAUUGCUUUUUCAUUGUGAGAUGGAGACAUUAGAUGAGGCAACUGUGUCACUCUUACAAGCUGCAAAUAUUACCAAUGAGGUACUACCCUCAUUAACACGAGAAGACCUAAGGGACCUUCUACCUGGGCCAGAGAACUUCCUCAGACGAAAGUGCAUUUGGGCAACAUUUCAUCCAGAGGAGAUCUUAACUUCUGAAGUGGCCGUAAAACCUGCAGGGGACCAGACGAGCCUACCUCAGACGUCAACACCAAGACACGUGACGCCUAAAAAAAUCAUGAAGAUAAGCAGCCCAGACUAUGUUAUUUACAUAGAUACAGAGUUGGAGCAAGUCCGCAAGUACUAUUUUGAGUUGCAGCGUUGCGGCAGAGCACAUGAGUGCACCAUGUCCAAAGAGCUCAGGUGCCGCUUGGUCAGAAACACCAUGACAAGCAUGAUUUCGAUCCUGAGGGCUAAUGAAGUGCAGGAGAUGGGGGACUCAAAAUAUCCCUCACGUGAAGAGGUGUCUGCCAUGGCCAAAAUGUUGACUGAGUACUAUCCGAUGCUGCAAGAUAAGGAUAGCACUAAACAACCUUGGGAAGCAAUCUUCCGUCAACUGAUCAAGAGACUGCAGAAUGUCAGGUCAACCCAGAAUUUGAUGAGCCAGUCAACUCCCAAGCCCAGCCCAACUCUUCCUUCAAAGAAACCUCGACUACAGUUCAAACCAAAUAACCAGGACAAUCAGUAUGAUGCUGAUUCGAGUGCAUCAACUGAGAACACUGAUCCCCUAGAGGACACGCCCACAGACCAGGAUAGUGAUGACACAGUGCCAGGCCAUUACUCCAGGAAACUCCAAGCCAGACACUACAAAACCCUUAAAGAGCUGUGGAAGAGACCUAGACCGAACCAAGAUGAUGUGGCUCAUCUCCUGGAUCUUGAGUUUGAGUCAAGGAGAGCCUUUAUAGACUCAUGUUCACUCAAAGAAGAGAAUAUGAUCGAGAAGGUCAUAGAGGCAUAUCCCUGCUUCAAAGACCAUAAGCAUAUCAUGGACGAACUGGGCCGCAUUCUACAGGCAGAUAACAAGAACUUUGCUGACCAGAUCAAAGCCCGAUGGGAAAGCUUUUGCCAAAAUGCGCUGUUCUUUGGAGUGUGGAACAAGUCAUUGAAGCCACCAAUGGGUCUGGAUAAAUCAGGACAAGCCAUUGCUUUGUUCAAGGCACUUCCUUCAUUGUUCCCUUCCCUUCUCGCCCCCACCCAAAAAGCUUGGACCAGCAUGUGAAGCACUGUUCCAUGUUCUUGAGCCAUCUGAGGACCCCAAUAUGUUUCUCCAGAGAUGGCCCAUCACCAGUCCGGUCUUCCUGGUAGGAUCUAAUAACCUUCUCCUGGCUGUUGGCACAAUGCCACUGACCACCUUACCUAAGGAAAUGAUUCAUGAGGCUCCUCUGAUCCUCAUGGGGUGUUAUUACACCUUCCACCUCACCUACCCCAAAUGUGGUGCCACUUUGUUAUCCGUCAUCCAGACUGAGGUACUGAAGGACAGUAUUCACGAGCGUGACCUUACUCAUUCCUACAAGAAGGCAAUAGCUGAAUGGGAAGAAUUCAACAAAAAGUAGAGUAAGCCAAAAAUGCACAGGUUUGUGACCUGCGUGACCAAAAAUGGUUGAUUCAUGUUUGAUUUGCCAAAAUGUCACGGUACAAUUUGUUGUUUGCUUUUAGUCAUUUUGAUUGAAACUCACUUCUAAAUUUGUUAUGAAAUGCACUUUUAGGGUUUUGGGCUGUGUUUAGACCCCUCUGAAGACAAUCUUUACCUUGGUCCUUGUCAA